AAAGUGCGUCUUGAAAUUAUAUCUCACCAGAGCACCUACGGAUAGCGAGGGCCUGCACGCACUAACCCAUCUGGAGUGCAACCCCAGCUCUCAAGCGCCCCGAAGCAUGGUGAAAAUUAUCAAUGGGGAAAUUGUGGCAGACGAUGAUCCCCGCCUGCGGCAGCGCCAGGUCCCGCAACCGGGGCCGCCGGAGGCAGCACACGGAGGUGCCGGACGUGGAGCGUAUGGCACUAGUGGGCCAGGAGCUGGGCCGGGACAGCAGCCUGGACCCGGGGGUGCAGCCGCAGCUGGUGGAGCUGGUGGCAUCGGCUUCAACCUGAGCGCCCCGCCGCUGCGUUUUGUGCCGCCGCCGCCCGGCUCCGACGCACUGGGCCUGCCAGACAUGGAGGUGCUUGGUGUGCGCAUCACCCCCUUCGCCAUCCUGGGCGUGGUGGGGCUUGGCAUGAUGCUGGGCUGGCGGGGCGUGCUGGUGGCGCUGGUGUUGUACUACGUCUACCUCGCCAACCAGGGGAGCAACCAGCAGCCGGGUGCUCCGCAGCAGCACGAGCCGCACCAGCAAGGGGCUGCAAGGCUGCAGGGCCAGCGGCCGGCGCACGGUGGCAACCCAAUGGACUUUCUCCAUAACUACCUGAACGGGCCCCGGCCGCAGCCCUCAGCGCAGCGGGGCCCCCACGCUGACCAGGGAGCUGCGGGACCCAACCGCCAGCAACACUAUGACGCGGCUGCAGCGGCAGGGCAUGGCCGGAGUCAGGCACCGGACCCAUCAACGGCUGCAGGCGGUGGCGGCGGUCAGAGUGGCUCUGGCGGCUGGGCAGCAUUCCAGGGUCAGGGACAGAAGCUGGGCAAAUCAUAAGGGGCCUUGCUGUGGCUGUGGCCCGCAUUCUUGGCAACAUGUCAAAAUGUGUGGUCGUCUCGUAUGCAGCAAAAUGCUUCUUUUGUUCUACGUCAGGAGCACGUGACACCGGCUGGCUUGAGUAGUGGACCAUGCCUGGACCAUGCGCCCAGUUGCGCUUCAGUCUUGCCUUCCACUGGAGUCGUUUUGACAGGGCAUUAUGAUAUCCCUUGCUGAUGCCCCGCUUACGCGUACGGUACGUUGCUGUUCGCAGCCGCGGUGAGGUCAGAGGGGAGGCAGAAUGCCAGAUCCCUUGAACGAGGCAGAGACACAGACCCGGACAGGCGGUGGAUGGGGGUGUUGGGGGUGCUGUUGGGGGUGUUGGGGGCGGUGGGGGCUCUGGGGGUGUUGGGGCAUUGGGUUCGCUGGGGCCGCUGGGGGCGGUGGGGGUGUUGGGGGCGGUGGGGGUGUUGGGGGCGGUGGGGGUGUCGGGGGUGUUGGGGGCGGUGGGGGCUUGGGUGGGGGUGUUGGGGGUGGUGGGGCCGCUGAGGGUGCUGGGGCAUUGGGGCACCGACAUUGCAAUUCUACGAUUAAAGCUUAACAUGAAAGAGUUCAAGGAAAAGCUUACGCGCAGUCUGGUGCUGUAUCUGCUUGAACGUGAGUUGCCGUCACGGAAUCUGCGAGAUUGUAGGCAAGCAAGCCUCUUGCAAGAGCUCGUUUGCCCGACGAAGGUUGCUGACAUGGCAUACUGCAAUUUUCACAUGAAAGCACGUUGCCGGUGGAUCGGUGAUGAUGCCCUUUUAAGUGCAGAGUUAAG